AAAUGGCAGGCUGAAUAGUCAUCAGUGCGAUAAGAGUUGCUCAGGGUCUCUUGUGUUGCAAAUCAUUGUGAAUAACGCGGACAACAAACCACAUGUCAAAGAUGAUCUUCAAUUCACCCAUUCACUUGGAUUGCUAUCACUUGCCGCACUGUCCGUUUCUUCUUCUACCCUCAUCUUGCUAAAUUUUCAUACCUCAUCCACCUCACACUCUUACCCUCACUUUUCCGAGGUCUCGUUGAAACCUCCAUCCCUUUCUCACCUAUUAUCCUCUCCGACCUCCUUGAUCCAAGCUCAUCGCGAUCGAUAACCUGCUCAGACGCCAUCGCCAUGUCGUCUGGAGUAAACAGAUCUGCUCCGAGCGUCAACCCACUUAACGGACCCAAUCCUCGUCCUCCUCGAGCACCGACGAUGCAAUCGGCUGGGUUGCCCGGUGGAGGACAGCCCGAGAAUCUCAAGGUCAAAUACGUCCCGCCGAUCACUCCAGCCGAGAAGGCACAGUUCGCGAAAUAUUUGAAGAGCCAGAGGAUCUUUCCCAAACAACUGAAAAUUACCGACUCCAAAAAGAUCUAUGCGAAACAGCUGUACCUUGGACCUUCGGCGUUCCCAGCUCAGGAUUCCUCAGGCCGUUCGGUCCAAAUGUAUGCUGUCUUCAUCUUCAGCAAUGGGUUUCAUGGCGCGAUGGCCGCGGGGACUGUGCCCCCAGGUGGCAUGGACAACUUCCACUAUGGGUUGCUUUCGACCUUUCCGUGCAGUCUGCACCCAGGCCAGAACCACUCUCACUUGGCCAAUGUCCCCCUGUCACUGAUCAUGAGUGGGAAUCCUCCUCCGCGGCACAUCUACCUCUUCAACACCCAGGCGAUCUCCCAAGUCAACGUCGCGGGGCCUGGCUUCGCGUAUCAACAGCCCCAUCUGUUCCGGAUCAUGAACAAUCCCAUGCAGCCGAACAACCACAACGCUCCGCCAGGAGCGGGUACUCUCGCCCUCACUGGCGGUCAGAUGCAACUCAACUUACAUGCGAAUGUUCUAAAUGGCAACCAACAAGUGAUCAACCCGACGAUGAACCAGCUUCCGAAUAUCGCAAACCCUCCGCACCUUCUUCAGCCGCAGCCUGGGCCGUUCGCUGCUCUCUUGAAUCAAAAUGCCCCGAACCCGCUCCAGCAAGCCGCGACCAUUGUCCAGAACCAAGCCGGCGGUGCGGUCCAGCAGCAUGUCGGCACGGCAAUGCAGCAGCAAGGUGGUGGACAUGCUCCCCAGAACCCAGGGCAGCCUACCCAUGGUCACGUUGGUCAAGCUGCUGCUCAUCACCAGGGGCAUCCGGCGUAUCACGCUGGCACCAACACUACUCAUCAACAAGGGACUACAGUUCCUCAUAACUCGGAGCAUCCUACCCAUAGCAACACCCAACAGUCAGGAUCGAUUGCUUCGGCGCAGCGAGGCCGUGGUAGCGGAGUUGCUUCUUCGUCGCGGGGACGUGGUGGCGGAGUUGCUUCUUCGUCGAGGGGUCGUGGCGGCAGAGUUGCUUCCUCCAGGCGUCGUCCUCGUCCCAGCAAUGCUGCAGGUGGACCACCUCGACCGACUCAGUCCAACCGCGCUUCGAAUGCCAUGGCAGCUCCACACUCGAAUGUGGCGUCCUGUGCGUCGUCAUCAACCCGGUUCAAGGCCAUCAACCAAUCUACAAACUCGCAAUACGAUGCGGAGAGCGACUCGCCUCUCUCGUCGGUCCCGGACACGGACGAAGACAUGGCGGACAAUGGAGAAGGUUCGGCGUACCCGGGUUCAAAAUUCACUCCGAUCAACAAGCCGGUGGUGGAACAUGCUCCUCUCGGGGGGGGGGGACCGAUUGAUCCGGAUAGGAUGGAGGUUGAUGAGUCGGUAUCUUCUGAAUAUGACCCUGAAUCCGAUCAGGAUGAUUACCCGGAUUGCAUUAUUCAACGUCGAGUCAGGGACGAGUACGGCAACAAGGUCGUGGUUAUCAAACGGGGCUCCACCAACCACUUGGAGAGCGCAUCGGAUACCGAUGAUCAUCCUCUGUCGUCGAUUUAUGCAGCAAAGCGGAAGGCGGCGGAAGCGAAGACACCAGCGAGUCGGCGUACCAUCCGCGCUCCAUCCUCCGAGUUGUCGCCCACGGAGUCAUCCGACGGGGAAAGCAUGAUUUCCGCUGGACCCCGAAUGACGGAGGGAGGGGCAACUAUGGCAUCCCUUCGCGACGAAUUCGAACUCAAACACGGUGACCAGGUUACGGGACCCGGGUUCCGUGCGAUCACUGGCAAUGGACCCACCGCAACAGGUCAGCGUGACAAGGCCAUGUCGGCGAAGAGGGGAGGAAAGAAGCCGGUGGUUUCGUGGAGAGAUGAGGUGGAGGAGGAGCUCGAUACGGCCUUUAGCAUGUUCUCGAUGUCGAAAACUGAGAGGCAGAAGACUGUUGACAGCGGCAAGGGAGGGGAAGCCGAGCCCCCGACACCGAUGGUGUCGCGAUCGUUUCGUGAUCGAAAAGCAGGCCGUGCCCGUAGCAAGCGCGUGUGAUGUAAUUGGAGAGUCAAUUGAAUGCAAAGGCGAGUGAGGGAGACGGCGUAGUUCCUAUUGGGAGUUCGGGCAAGAUGAUGGGAUUGGGGGUGUUGAGCGAUACACCUUAGGGUCGUUGGAGGAGCAAAUCGAUUCAAGCACAAAACUGGAACAUAGCACCAGGAACUUCUUGUACCUAAUUAGGUACCUACUUUGUUGCAAGGUCGGUUUUACCUGACUCUGCUCUCCUCCGUAGAUGAAAAUGAAACUCGUUCCAAUAUUCUAGCAGUCUAUGGCAUAUUGCGAUCCGAGGAGGGCGCAUAUCAUGAGUCUAGCCGUCCUUGGAAUCCAUUGUCCAGAAUGUCGAUGAGUUCAUCCAAUCUACUCGCAAAA